AUGCUGCGACACUUCAUCAUCUUCUCCCUUGGACUGAGUGUACAAAACUUCUGCUCCCUGGCUGAAACUACAGAACAGGGGAAACGAUGUGAUAAGAAGUCUUUUCUGACCAUUAGAACCGAGUGUCGAUCCUGCUCGCUUAAUUUGAAAAUCGGGUGCCCGGAAGGUUAUACCAAGAUCACAGAAGGCUCUGUAGGGAUUCGAGACUGCAGGUACACGUAUGAGCUCAGAAGCUACUUGUUGUAUAUCCCUGGAUGCCAGCACAUCUGUAGGAAGGAAUACCUCCAGCCUCAGUGUUGCCCAGGCCACUGGGGUCCAGACUGCAUGGAAUGCCCAGGAGGGGCCCUGUCCCCCUGCAGCGGCAGGGGCGCUUGUGCUGAAGGCAUGGAAGGAAAUGGGAGCUGUUCUUGCCAAGAAGGAUUUGGUGGAACAGCCUGUGAAAGUUGUGCUGAUGACAACUUAUUUGGGCCAAGCUGUUCAUCAGAGUGCUCCUGUGUCCAUGGCGUGUGCAACAGUGGAAUAGGCGGCGAUGGGUCCUGCGAGUGCUACUCUUCCUACACUGGUGCCAACUGCAGCAAGCCCAUCCCUGAGUGUGCAGCCUUGCUCUGCCCCGAAAAUUCCAGAUGCACACCUUCCAGUGAAGACGAAACCAAACUAGAAUGCAAGUGCCUUCCCAAUUACAGAGGUGAUGGCAAAAACUGCGAACCCAUCAACCCGUGUUUACAAAGCAUAUGCCACCCUCAUGCUCGCUGCACAUAUCUGGGACCGAAUCGGCACAGCUGUACAUGUGAAGAAGGCUACCGUGGGGAUGGCCAAGUGUGCCUACCGGUAGACCCCUGCCAAGAAAACUUUGGAAACUGCCCCACGAACUCAACAGUGUGCAAAUAUGAUGGGCCUGGCCAGUCUCACUGUGAAUGCAAGGAACACUAUCAGAAUUUUGUACCUGGAGUGGGAUGCAAUAUGACCAAUAUCUGUGAAUCAAAGAACCCCUGUCAUAAGAAAGCAAACUGCGCCACCAUCACACCAGGCCAGACUGAGUGCACUUGCCAGAAAGGCUACGUGGGAGAUGGCUUGACAUGUUACGGAAGCAUCAUGGAGCGGCUGAGAGACUUAAACACAGAACCCAGAGGGAAAUGGCAAGGGAGCCUGAACAUUUUCAUCACACUCUUGGGCAAAGUUUAUGCCUGGCCACUGAGUAGCCUGGGACCGUUCACUCUGCUUUUACCAACAGACAAAGGACUGAAAGGAUUCAAUGUCAAAGAGCUUUUGAUGGACCACCAGGCUACUCUAUACUUUGUGAAGCUGCACAUAAUUGCCGGGCAGAUGAGCAUGGCACGUUUGAAUAACACAGACACAUUUUACACUCUGACGGGCAGGUCAGGGGAAGUCUUCAACGGUGACAAGGAUAAUCUACUUAAACUUAAACUCUAUGGCAGCAAAAAGAAAGUAAAAAUCAUACAGGGCAACAUAAUUGCUUCUAAUGGGCUCCUUCAUAUCAUUGACAAAGCGAUGGACAAGAUAGAGCCCGCAUUUGAGAACAACACUGAGCAAACCAUAAUGGCAAUGCUACAACCAAAAUACAGCCAGUUCAGAUCUUUGCUAGAGAAGACCAAUGUGGGACACGCCUUAAGUGAGGAUGGCGUUGGCGUACCGUACACCAUUUUUGUGCCGACCAAUGAAGCAUUGAAUAACAUGAAGGAAGGCAUUCUUGAUUAUCUCCUUUCUCCAGAGGGAUCUCAGAAGCUUCUGGAACUCGUCAGAUAUCACAUUGUCGCAUUCGCCCAGCUGGACGUGGCUACUCUCAUUUCAACCCCUCACAUCAGAACCCUGGCCAACCAGAUCAUACAGUUUAAUACAACCACAAAUGGACAGAUUCUUGCAAAUGGUGUGCCAAUAGGAGAAACUGAGGUUACUGCCAAGAAUGGCCGAAUUUACACCUUGAAUGGCGUCCUCAUACCUCCUUCCAUCAUCCCAAUCCUGCCUCACAGAUGUGAUGAAACCAAGAGAGAGAUUAAAUUGGGCAUCUGUGUGAGCUGUUCCCUGGUGUACUGGAGCAGCUGUCCUGCUAACUCGGAGCCCACAGCGCUGUUCACCCACAGAUGUGUCUACACCAGCAAGGUCCAGAGCCUGAAGAGGGGCUGUGCCAGAUACUGCAAUGUCACUGUCAAGAUACCUCAGUGCUGCAAAGGCUUCUACGGACCUGACUGCAAUCCAUGCCCAGGAGGUUUCUCGAAACCGUGCUCAGGAAAUGGACAGUGUGCAGAUGGCCUCAGUGGCAAUGGGACAUGCAUGUGUGAGGAUGGCUUCCAAGGCUCUCACUGUCAGUUCUGCUCCAAUCCCAAUAGAUAUGGACCUCGAUGUGACAAAAAAUGUCUGUGUGCUUUUGGAACAUGUGACAACAGGAUUGACAGCGAUGGUUCCUGCCUUACCGGCACUUGCAGAGACGGCUCCGCUGGGAAGUUCUGCAACAAGCAGACCUCCUCCUGUGGGCCCUAUGUGCAGUUCUGUCACAUCCAUGCCACCUGUGUCUACAGCAAUGGGACAGCCAGCUGCGUUUGCAAGGAAGGCUACGAAGGCGACGGAAUCCUGUGUUCGGAGAUGGACCCCUGCGCGGGAUUAACGACUGGAGGCUGCAGCCACAAUGCAGACUGUGUCAAAACUGGCCUCGGGACCCACACUUGUGUGUGCCAGCCGGGAUGGACCGGGGAUGGGAGAGACUGCUCAGAGAUCAACAACUGCCAGCUGCCCAGUGCUGGAGGCUGUCACAGCAAUGCAACCUGCUUGUAUGUGGGCCCAGGGCAGAAUGAGUGUGAGUGCAAGAAAGGAUUCCAAGGCAAUGGGAUUGACUGUGAACCAGUAACUUCCUGCUUAGAACAAACUGGGAAAUGUCAUCCUCUGGCAUCUUGUCAGUUUACAUCCUCUGGCAUCUGGAGCUGUGUUUGUCAGGAGGGAUAUGAAGGAGAUGGCCUUCUGUGCUAUGGAAAUGCAGCCAUGGAAUUGUCAAUGCUCCCCGAAGCAGCUCUGUUUAAUCAAUGGAUAACUGAUGCAUCCCUACAACCCACACUGUCAGCUGCCUCAAACCUUACCGUCCUUGUGCCUUCAAAACAAGCUAUUGAAGACAUGGACCAAGAUGACAAAGCCUUCUGGUUAUCAAAGAACAAUAUCCCAGCUCUAAUAAAAUAUCAUACGCUCCUGGGCACAUACGGAGUGGCAGAGCUGCAGACACUGUCGUCAUCUGACAUGCUGGCAACGUCUUUACGGGGCAACUUUCUUCACCUGGCAAAAGAGAACGGGAAUAUCACAAUUGAAGGUGCUUCCAUCGUUGAUGGUGACAAUGCUGCCACUAACGGAGUGAUACACGUCAUCAGCAAGGUUCUGGUUCCACAAAGAAGUCUAACCAACUCCUUACCAAGCCUGCUCACCCGGCUGGACCAGAUGCCCGACUACUCCAUCUUCAGGGGCUACAUCAUUCAUUAUAAGCUGGCGAGCAUCAUUGAGGCUGCGGGUGCUUACACAGUGUUUGCUCCAAGCAAUGACGCCAUUGAGAGAUAUAUGAAGGAGAAGAAAACUACAACACUGAAGGAGGACAUGCUUAAGUACCACAUAGUGCUGGAGGAGAAGCUCUUGAAGAAUGACCUGCACAAUGGCAUGCACCGGGAGACCAUGCUGGGUUUCUCUUUUCUCCUGGGCUUCUUUCUCCACGGUGAUCAGCUUUUUGUAAAUGAGGCUCGCAUUAACUACACCAAUGCAGCCACUGACAUGGGAGUGAUCCAUGGCUUGGAGAAAGUUCUGGAAAUUCCAAAGAAUAGAUGUGAUAAUAACGAGACAACGAUUGUUCGAGGUAAAGAGUCAAAGAAAUGCAUCUUAACCCUUUAUUUCCUGGGAAAGCGAUCCGUGUUCGUUGGAUGCCAGCCAACAUGUGUGAAGACUGUCAUCACUAAAGAAUGCUGCGCGGGCUUCUUUGGCCCCCAGUGCCAGCCCUGCCCAGGGAGAAUCGGAGACGCCUGCUUGGGAAACGGAAUCUGCUUGGAUGGAGUUAAUGGCACUGGCGUGUGCGAGUGUGGAGAGGGCUUCAACGGGACAGCCUGUGAGACCUGCAUGGAAGGCAAAUAUGGAAUCCACUGUGAUCAAGUGUGUCCGUGUGUCCAUGGACAAUGUAACCAAGGACCCUCAGGUGAUGGUACCUGCAAAUGUGACGUCGGCUGGCGAGGAGUGAAAUGUGACACUGAAAUCACAGGAGACUACUGCAGUAGGAAGUGCCACAGCAGUGCCAACUGCCUUCUCAAUCCUAACGGCACGACCUCAUGCGAGUGUGCAGCAGGGUUCAAAGGGAACGGAACAGUCUGUACAGCCAUCAACGCCUGUGAGGUCAGGAACGGAGGUUGUUCUACCAACGCUGUCUGUAAAAGAACCACCCCAGGAAAUCGGCUUUGUGCAUGCAAGGAGGGCUAUACUGGCGAUGGCAUCGUGUGCCUAGAAAUUAAUCCAUGUUUGGAGAACAAUGGUGGCUGUGACAAGAACGCAGAGUGCACACACACUGGACCGAACAAGGCCGUCUGUAACUGUUUGCCGAAAUACACUGGCAAUGGCAAGACCUGCGUCCGCAUCAAUGCCUGCCUAACGAAAAAUGGCGGCUGUAGUGAAUUUGCAAUCUGCAAUCACGUGGACCAAGAGGAAAGGACGUGCACCUGCAAGCCUGACUACAUUGGGGAUGGCUUUACCUGCCGUGGCAACAUUUAUCAGGAACUGCCAAAGGACCCAAAAACAUCCCAGUAUUUCUUCCAGUUACAGGAGCACGCUGUGAGAGAUGUGGCUAACAAAGGCUCCUUCACCGUCUUCGUGCCUUUAUCAGCAGCCUUUAAUGAGGAAACCCAGCUCCAAGUCUGGGACAAGGACGGUGUAAUGGCCCAGGUUCUUCGAUACCAUGUGAUUGGCUGCCAACAGUUGCUACUGGAAAACUUGAAGGUGACUCCAAAUGUAACUUCCCUCCAAGGAGAGUCCAUUGCCAUCUAUGUCUCUCAGGAUGAAGUAUAUUUAAAUGGCAAGGCUAAGAUCAUAUCCAGUGACAUCAUCACUACCAACGGAAUAAUCCACAUCAUAGACCAAGUGCUAUCUCCCCAAAACUUGCUUGUCAACCCUAGAAGUGGCUUUAGAAAGAUUCUGGAAAAUAUUACAGUGGUGGCAGAAAAAUAUGGCUACAGCAAGUUUAUCAACUUAAUACAGGAUGCAGGACUGCUGGAUCUCAUCACUGAUCCCAUCCACACCCCCAUCACUCUCUUCUGGCCCACGAACCAAGCUCUCCAAGCAUUACCUGCUCAACAACAGGCUUUCCUGUUCAACCAAGAGAAUAAGGGAAAGCUAAAGGAGUACUUGAAGUUCCACGUGAUCCGAGAUUCCAAGAUCUUAGCUGUGGAUCUCCCCAGACCUCCUACCUGGAAGACCAUGAAGGGUUCAGAGUUGAGUGUGAAGUGUGGAUCUGGCAGUAACAUUGGAGAGCUCUUUCUCAAUGGCCAAACAUGCAGAAUUGUGCAACGGGAGAUCCUGUUUGACCUUGGUGUGGCCUAUGGCAUCGACUGUCUGCUGAUCGACCCCACUCUAGGAGGUCGCUGUGACACUUACACUUCUAUCGACAUCCUGGGCGAUUGUGGGAACUGUAACAUGCCUCCCAGAUGCCCCAAGUUGAGCAAGCCAAAGGGUAAGAGGCAACCUUGUUUCUACAACCUGGUCUUCAGGACGAAUCUAGAAGGCUGCCAGGAGCAGUGUUCCUUGCUCAUGCAAGUCCCCAGAUGCUGUAAGGGCUACUUUGGGCGAGACUGCCAGGCCUGCCCCGGAGGACCGGACAACCCGUGCAAUAACCGGGGCGUCUGCCUCGAUGAGUACUGGGCCACGGGAGACUGUCGUUGCAACGUCGGCUUCAACGGGACGGCGUGUGAGCACUGCUUACCUGGCAGGUUCGGGCCCGACUGUCAGGUCUGCGUCUGCUCGGAACACGGGCAAUGUGAUGACGGGAUCCUGGGCUCCGGGCAGUGCCUCUGUGAAGCAGGGUGGACAGGCCGCUUCUGUGACGUUCGGACAGUCUUACCUCCAGAGUGCAACCCGCCUUGUUCCACGCAUGCCACCUGUAAAGAGAACAACACGUGUGAGUGUAACCUGAACUAUGAAGGUGACGGAAUCACAUGUACAGUUGUAGAUUUCUGCAAACAGAACAAUGGUGGUUGUGCAAAAGUCGCCAAGUGCACCCAGGCAAACACCACGGUCUCCUGCAGCUGUCCGACGGGCUACACAGGGGAUGGCUUCAGCUGCGCAGAGGUAGACCCUUGUGCAGACGGCCUCAAUGGCAAUUGUCACGAGCACGCCAUCUGUGAGAUGACUGGCCCGGGAAAACACAAGUGUAAAUGCAAAAGUCACUACGUGGGAGAUGGGAUGGACUGCGAGCCGGAGAACUUGCCCAUUGACCGCUGCUUACAGGACAACGGGCAAUGCCAUGCGGACGCCGACUGCUCUGACCUCCACUUCCAAGAUUCCACCGUUGGAGUGUUCCAUUUACGCUCCCCAUUCGGCCGGUACAAGCUCACCUAUGACAAAGCCAAAGAGGCCUGUACCAAUGAAGCUGCAACCAUAGCAACCUACAACCAGCUCUCUUAUGCCCAGAAGGCCAAAUACCACCUCUGCUCUGCGGGCUGGCUGGACACGGGGCGCGUUGCCUACCCCACGGCCUACGCCUCUAAGAAGUGUGGCUCUGGCGUUGUCGGGAUAGUAGACUACGGUGUGAGAGUCAACAAGAGUGAGACGUGGGAUGUUUACUGCUACCGGAUGAAAGAUGUGAACUGCACCUGCAAGCAGGGCUACGUGGGCGACGGCUUCUUGUGCAGUGGGAACCUGCUGCAGGUCCUGAUGUCCUUCCCUUCGCUCAAAAACUUCCUCACGGAAGUGCUGGCCUAUUCCAACAGCUCCGCCCAGGGCCAGGCUUUCCUGAAACACCUGACUGACCUGUCAACCAGGGGCACCUUCUUCGUGCCACAGAACAGCGGCCUGGGGGGAAAUGAGACCCUGUCUGGGCGUGACAUUGAGCACCACCUGUCCAGUGUCAACCUCAUCUACUACAGUGACCUUGUUAACGGUACUAUUCUGCAAAGCAGGCUGGGGAGCCAGCUGCUUAUCACCUCCAGCCAGGCCCAGCCCCACCUGAAUGAAACCAGAUUUGUGAAUGGAAGAGCCAUUCUGCAGUGGGACAUCUUUGCCUCCAAUGGGAUCAUCCAUAUCAUUUCCGGGCCUUUAAAAGCACCCCCUGCCCCAGUGAACUCGGCCCACGCUGGCUUGGGAACAGGGCUAUCCUUUGCCAUCAUCCUGGUCCUCGGAGCCAUAGCUUUUGCUGCAUACUCUUACUUUCGGCUAAACCGGAGAACAGUUGGCUUCCAGCACUUUGAGUCAGAAGAGGAUAUCAGUGUUGAGGCUUUUGGCAAAGAGCAGCCUGAGAAUAUCUCGAACCCCACUUAUGAAAGUACAACUCCAGCUCCACCGGCAGCUUCCUACGACCCCUUCAUGGACUCUGAUGACCAGUGUCUCAAGACCAGCGACCCCCUCGGGGGCCUUUGA